AUGUAUUUAUAGUAAUAUAUAAAAAAUAUACUGUGAUUUAUAAACUGUAUAUGUUUCGUAUUACUGACUGUUUAAGUGCAAUAUACGAUGAAAACGAAUUAAUGUACAAAUAAGAUUUUAUGUUAAUUAAUAUCUUUUUAACGAUUUGCUGAAAUCAAUAGAGGAAGUUCAAUGAAUGGAAUGGUCACGAAUUGUAAAAUGUCAGUAUAAUUAUUUACUGUACUUGUAUUUUAGGAUUGUAUAUUUAAUUAAUCAAGCAUAAAAAUUAUUUUACUGUAAAUGGUAUGACUACGCCAGAUCAUUUUCUAAUUUAGUGUAUUAUGAUAAUGUAAUAAAAUACGUGACUUAAUCUUACUAUGUAAACAUUGACUAUUCGCGUUUGACUACGGUUUCUAUCUAUUUCUAUUUAUUCAUGUAAAAAUGUAAACUUCCAUUCAUGUAGUUUGUAAUGGCGGAGGGCUAUGAUGAAACUUUAUCGAAUUAUGGAGGCAGGAGUGAUACAGCUCCGAUGGAAAAAGCAGAGCUUCAUCUAGCAGAGCCUUUGCAACAUGAAAGCAGUGAUACCUUUGAUUUGCAACGAGAGCUCCGUGUGGCUCAGGAAAACAAUUCAAAGCUUGCUGAAAAGCUUGGAAAGAUUCAAAAUUCAUACAAAUUAAAAUCAACAGAUCUAGAUGCUGCUACUACAAAAAUACAAGAUCUUGAAGCGUCAGUCCGAAGUUUGAGAGCACAGGAAGAUGAACUAAAAGCUAAUCAUAUGGAAGAAGUUAUUGCAUACAAAGAUGCUAAUUAUGAUUUAGAGAAGCUGCUGAAAAAACUGUCGACACGUGUCAAGGAAUUGGAAAGCUCCAAAGAUGACCUGGUAGAGAAAGCAAAGGCUUUAGCGGAAGAAAUCACAAGGUUGAGCGAAUCUUUAAAACAAUUAAAUGUAGAGAAAGGCAACGCAGAAAAGGAGCUUUCAGAAACAAAAUCCAGGUUGAGUACACUGAUAGGUGACCAAUUAUCCAACAACAACCCCGACAUUGCAGAUCUAAGCGAUGAAUAUAGACCAACAAAACUUGUUGAGAAAUACCAAGAGCUAUAUGAUAACCAGCGGACAAAUGCUUUUGAAAUGGCUGAGGAGUUUUUCUUGAAUGAGACGGAAAAAACAAUAAUAACUGCUUUGCAGCAAAUAUUGCAGAAUGUCUAUCAAUUCUGUAAUGAAGAGGUCGCCGAGCAGGAAAAAGACUUUAUGAAGGCAAUGUUUAGAAUAAGCGACACGAAAGAGUUACACUCUGCAAUACCAGAAAACAUCCGAAUAAAGCUAAAUGAAUUGAAACGGUUCGCAGUGACAAAGUCUACGGAAUAUCUUCUUGAGAAAUAUCUUAUGUCUUGUGACAAAACAAACCAAAUUGGACGGUUUACGGAACAUUGCAAGGAUUACGUGCUCGAAUGUAUAAAUCUAUGCUGGCAUAUGGUCAAUCAAAAUCCUCCAGUUGUACUCCAUCUAGGUGUUAACAGCGGUGAUACGUUUAAUGGCAGUAUGUAUAAACACUAUACAAUGACUGGAACAGUUGUUGACUUCGUCGUUUGGCCUGCACUCCUGCUUUUUGAAUAUGGAUCUGUUCUCUCAAAAGGCGUUGUUCAAUGCGUGAAGUUAUCUCAAGACUCACAAUCUGUGAGAGCCAUGUCCAAACAGGUUACUUCCACUAAAAAUGGUAUACCAUCUGGUUCCUCACGAUUAACGAGUACUGUAGCACACGGUAAUGUAGCAGACCUGACGCAGACUAAGGCGCAAUCUGAAUUAAAUCAAAAUCAUGGUCAGAAUAUGAAACGUGACCAGAACUCGAAAACGGAGAAGGUCCACAGUGAAUUCAACGUUAAACUAACAUUGCCAACUGAUUGUUCUAAGAAGCCAAUGAAAAAUGCGCAAUUACAUACCCAGCACUCGACUGUGAAGAGCUCUCAAGGAGAUGUCCAUCAGCUUAUACCGACAGACAGCCAACGUCAAGAUAAACAGCAAAUUUCCCGGAACUCCUGUCCAAAGCAAGCAACCGAUGAAGUUGUCAAUGAUAUGCAGAAAUCAUCAGGAAAUAUCCAUCAUCAUGAGACAGCUUCCGAUUACGUCCAUCAAUUUCACGGACAAAAGGAUCGUUCUCAACAAACUCAGAUCAAUGCUGCUAAUUGUCAACAGUAUCAACCGCAUGCUGGUGACGUCAGGCAGAUACAACCAAACAACUACCAUAAUUAUUUUCCUAAUAACGGAAACGUUUCUCGACCAAAUUGUGGAACAUUCAAACACUUUCAAUCAAACACAGGUAUAUCGGAGCAGCAGCAGCAACAACAGCAGCAGCAACAACAACAGCACCAUCAUCAACAACAAAAACUGCAGCAACAACAACAGCAUCAGCAGAGGCAACAACAACAACAGCAUCGUCAUUAUCAACAACAACAACAACAACAGCAGCAGCAACAACAACAUUUUCUUCCACAGCAGUCAAACACUGGUGUCGGCCAAGCUCCUUGCGAACGAACGUCUGCGCAAGCAAUGUACGGGAAUAAGCAUCAACAACCGUUGGUAAUCGACGAUCCUCCUAAUCAGCAAGAAUUUGACUUUUUUAUCAGAAUGCUACGCACUAGAAGUGAAGCCCAUGCAAGAUUGUGUUUGGGAGACAAAGUCGUUGACAGAUUAAAGAACUACAUGCACUAUAAAUACAGAUACUAGAAGUCCCCAAAGAAAGGCCAAAAUGGCACAUUGGAAAUGUUGCAGACUCGGAAAUCGCUUUCUUCUGUACAUAAAAACCAGACUUGAUUGUAAUCUAUGUUGACCAAAUGUAGGGAUGAAAUGCGUCUUUCUGCCACAUUCAUUAAUAAAUGUGCUCAAUCUUUAAACUACAGCUAGUUUACCUUAACAAAAACAACAAUCAAACAAACAAUCAUGAAAUCCCUACGUGUUUGGUUUAAGUAUGCGUUACCAGAUUUUUUUUUAAAUUCUAGAGUUAAAAUUGCUUUGAAGACAGACAUAUUCUCAAAUAACCAGCGAUGUAUUUAUGCGUGUUAGAUAAAAAUAUACGUUAUUUGACUUUAUAUGACCAAUCCACAGAAAUGUUGAAUUAUCAUUUAUCAUAAAACUACAAUAAAAUUAGCAAAAUGUGUAUAAAUAUUUUCUGUACAUAUUUAUUCCGCUUAUUAUAUCAUAAAGUUAUCUUUUUUAUAUUGUGAAUAAAUAUGUUUAUUAGCAAGAUAAUGUGUUUAUCAAUAUAAUUGCAAUGCUAUAUAAACUCUUUAUAAAAUCUUUCUUUUCUCUUUCUUUCUUUUUUCUUCCUAUUGUAUUAUUUGUUUUCCUUUAUUCUUUUUUCGGUAUUAUAAUUUCUAAUUCUUAUCCCGAUGAUUACUUAUAAAUAUAACGUUUACUUCGUCACAAAUAUUUACAUUCAACUUUUUUGAUAAUUGUACAAAAUAUUAUAAAAUCGACUCAUUAUAAAGUU